UUUUUAUUGAUGAUUUCGGAGCCCACCGCAACAUGUUCAGGGCAUUGAAGGGGAUCUAUCUCACACCUGCCGGCUUGUCCUAUGCCGGGCGAAGACGUCUGGCAAACUCGUUUACCGUAACGCUGGGUCCUCAUGGGGCCUCCUUUCAGGAUGUUCUUGCCAAUAUCCAUACUGACCUUGAGACCGUGGCAAAAGGCUUUUACAGCACAAUCCAUGGGAAACAAGUGCUUGUUACUGCGUCCGUCAUGGCUCUUACUGGAGAUAUGCCACAGCAAGCUAAAAAUAGUGGUAUGCUCAGCUAUAGUGCUGAUAUCGGAUGUCGGACAUGCUACUGUCCACGCAGCAAACAGUAUCAGUGGUCAUAUGAUACUGUUUCCCAUGGCCGAUAUCAUUUCCAGCAUCAGUAUUACCGAACUGAGGGUGAUCACAAGGCCACUGUUCCAGAACAGCAAAGAUAUUUUAAUGCUGUAGGGAUACAGUCCGUGCCUUCGCCAAUCGAACGGAUCAUGCCAACUCUUGACAUUGUUUUAGGCCGUCCGUAUGAUGUACCGCACUCUGAUUGGAAGGGGAUCGGCUAUCGUCUGCUGGAGUAUAUCCAGAAAAUUCUUGUGCCUUCAGGGGUUUCCAACUUCGCUACAGCCUUGCAAAAAGUUGUUCGGCCGGCUCAAUGGCCUCACUUUCCUCCUCUGAAACACCUAAAAACCUGGACAUUGUCAGACCUUGGUCGAGGGAUCAUUCUCUUACCUAUUAUUCUUCGAGUAUGUGCCCGCCCCGACUGGUUUCACCCGAGAUUCCUGCUGCGGAUUAAAAAUAUUAUACCACAUCUCUUUCCAAAUACCGAAAAUGUGUCCUCGCCACAGAUGUGGCUGGUCCGUGCUUGUGCAGAGAUCGCAUUGACAACCACCCUUAUCUCAACCAGCCGCGCGUUGCCUCCUGCACUGGUAAAUGCAAGGAUUACUCACAGCCGCCGAAUCUUUCAGCAUUUGGUGGUUACAGCUUCAGCCAUGACUGAUUCAGAGCUACAGGCAUUCAGCAUCCAUGGAAAACUGCCACAUGAUUAUAAUAAGAAGCAUAAUAAAGAUAAAUGGUUUAAGUAUCUUGGGGUGCCAGUUGUUCAUGCUGGCUUUCAUUUUCAUACAUUUGCUGCUGAGUAUGGCCCGCUCAUGAACUGUAAUGUUCUAGCCGGUGAGUUGAAGCUAUAUAAGAAUAUUCAAGAGAUGGAUAGAUCGCGCCUCGCCGCCUCAGCUGAUGACUUAUCUCUUCCGGCUAGAUCGGCUCCACCACUCUUUACGCCUGGGUCUUGCGGGUUCCUGGCGGGAUGAUCAUCCAAUUCUACUAGAGAUUGUCCAGGAUCUGUAUAUGUCCUGCCCACGUCUGAUCCAGAAACAUAUUCUUGCAGAUGAAUUUAUUACUGACCUGCAAGUUACAAUGACACAUCCGAUUGAAUGGCCUCAUUCUUCGCUUUCUGAGCAGGAUAUACUGGACAUGUUACCUUCAGCGU